CGGCUUUUGUUUUGGAACAGUGUGCUGUUAAGCGACAUCAACAUCCCUAGCGUCUAUAACUUUUUUUUUUAUUAAGUGAACCAUCCGAUUUUGCAUGUCUGAUAUUUAGGCAAACGAUUCCAGUGGUGGCCCAUGUGAGUGGCAUAAAAUGGAAGAAAUGUGUAAGAAUGUGAAAUCCGCCUCCCUUGGAUCAGUAGCUGGUGCUGGAGGAGCAGCAAUUGCAAAUGUUGCUCCCGUUGUUGUCGCUCAAGAAACGGAGGUCUUCACUGUCCCCGCCCUUGUGCAUCAGCACAAUGGCAAGGGAGUGCACUUCAAGCUGGCGCCCCCCACAGUUGCAGCCACAGCCGAGCCCGUGGAGGAGCUGCUCGGCUCUGUCAUCACACACAACUGUCCCGGGACGCGUGCCAGUGCACGGGUGAUACAGAAAAUGAAGCAAGACCAGACGCGCCCAAUGACGCCGCCGCCACCCGAAAAGGAGCACAGCAAGAAGGAGGAGAAGCCCACCCAGAAGACACCAUCCCAGAUAAGGACAGUCAAUGGCAGGACGUCGUGGACGAAUGUCGAAAGGAAUUGCUUCUUUGAUGCGUUGAACGAGUUUGGCAAGGACUUUGAGGCGGUGGCCAACUGCAUUAAUGCGAAGCUAAAGCGCCGCAAUGCCAACAGCGAAUACAGCUUCAAGACGAAGGAUCAAGUGCGCCAGCACUACUAUCAAACCUAUCACAAGAUCUGCAAAUAUGUGCGCUACUCGGAUGAGCUGAAGAAACUCGCCCAGGAGCUGUACACACUGAUCAACUACGGCGAAAUGCGUCGCAAGCUGCAGUUCCUCACCGAGAAGCAUUUCAUGAAGCUGAAGCCGCUCAUCUACCAGGGCCAGAUCACAAUCCGCUGUAAGGGCAAGAACAUACGCAUCAAGACGCCCUCCUGCAAGGCGCUGCGUCGUCUCAAUCAGCUCGAUGACUCGCUGGAUGACAUACGCCUGCCCAGCAAGGUGGAGGUGCUGCUGAGUCCAGCUAACAUGGAGACAUUCGGGCGGGUCCAAUCGUUGGCCCAGAAUCCCAGGGGUCGCAUCAUUGUGCCGCUGCACAAGAAGCUCGUCAGUUUCAUCAAGAUAUUUGAGUACAAAUGGCGCAGUGCCAACCAGCGACUGAACGAACAGAAGUCUUCCCUGUAUCCAAACAUCUCUGCCACUGCCACUGCCACUGCCAGCAACACCACCACCACCGCCGCCACCAGCACAUCCACACCCGCAUCCAGCAACAACAACGAACCAGAGCAACCACAGACGCCAACAGCGCCAGCAGCACCAGUGGAGCCGUCACUGUGCUUCCAGCCCAAGCCGGGUGUGGCCAUCCAUCGGCCCCUGCUGAACAUCACGGCCCACCUGAACAGCAUCGACAUCUGCCUGACCGCCUACGAGGAGCGCAUGGGCGUCAAAGUGCGCAGCGAGACCCUGGGCAAUAGUGCGGCGGUGGCGGUGGCCGCCAGUAAGCGACCACGCACCGAGAGUGGCUCUGAGAAGCGUUCACCGGAGGCCAAGAAGCCCAAGACCAGAGCCAGUCCAGUACUAGAAAAGUCCCUCGACGAGGCUGCACUGCCGCCAUCCGAGAACAAUCCAGUCAAGCUGGAAGCUGUCAAUGUGAAGGUGGAAGUUGUGAAGGUGGAAGCUGUGAAGCUGGAGGUGUGCAGCGGCGAUGAGCUGGUCGAGGACACGAAGGAGUUCCUUCCAUCCGGCGAAGCGGCAAUCAUCAGCGCAGCUGUGGCACCAGCAGCACCGCCGCCAGCACCAACAGCAACACCAGCACCACCACCGCCGCCGCCGCCAGCUGCAGUGGCAGCUGCAGCUCCGGCCGUACCCGUGCCAGCACCAACAGCGCCCGCGGCAGCUGCUCGUUCCAAGCGCAAGGAGGCAAAAGAAGCGGCCGCAGCCGCUGCUGCCCGUAACUUUAAGCCGCUGCUGAGCGAUAACACCAUCAAACGGAUGCGCAGAGGCUGGACCGUGUCGAGUGCGGCGGACAUAACCAUUGGGGAUCUGUAUGUGGUGCUGGGACAGGACUCCAAAGUAGAGCUGGAGUAUUACUGGUGCGAGGCAGAGACAGUACAGUCCCACUCGCACUCCUCCACUGUGCCGGCGACCACACCGGCCACACCGGCCACACCAGCCACAUCGGCCACAUCGCUUCCAUACAAUACCAAUGACUGUGAUAGCGUGGAGCGCGUCAAGGCCGUGACCACAUCGACGGUGAGCAAUAAGCUGAAGCAUCUGCUGCUGGUGGCCAAUCUCAGUGAGCGUGUGCGCAAGCGUCAGUGCAACUGUGGCCAUACCUGCGAUCGCAAGCGGGACCUGAUGAGCAAGGCCCAGCAAUUGGCGGGGGCCAAUGAAGCUGCCGCCGCCGGGGAGGGCACUUUUCGUACGCCCAUGCUGCCGGUGCGACGUCCCAUAGCCCAUUUCAUUGAUCCAGUGCGUCAGCUAUCGGCGCUCACGCGACAGAAGAUCAACCGGCAGGUUCUGGUGCAUCGACGGCUCCUGCUGCCCGGCUCGGGGGCUGGCGUGCCCGGUCGUCCCUAUGACCAGCUGAGUGUGCGUCAGCUGCACAACGGACUCUUUGAGCCGAUUGAGCGUGCCGGUCUCACCACUGGCAUCAGAGUCAUCGCGGAGGAUCAGCGCCAUCAGCAUCAGCACACUCACACUGUGCCAGAGUCCAUGCAAGCCAUGCAGGCCAUGCAGGAUGCCGGAGCCAGCCGUGGACCAGCGAGAGAUAUGCCAAAUUUGGAUAUUGUUCCGCCAUCAUCAAUGGCCGACGACACGCUGCCAGAGGCAGCUCAAGAUGAGAGCACAACACAAAACUUCUUUCGUGGCAGCGUGAGUCCGAUGCAUUUGCUGCGGGACUCCACCUCGAAUGCACGCUGGCUGGAGGAGAACAUCAAUGACUUCUCGCUGACCUCGCUGCUUGGCCAUUUGGAUGAGAUCGAUGCCACCAGGGAUAUAAUAGACCCCUCAUCGAGCAUGUCCGUGAUCAGCGAGAGCAGCGUGGACUUUCGUCACAAGUUCCAGGAGAUUGCCGCACUGCUGCAGCAGCAGGAGAAGGAUUAGCAGCGGCCGCAGGAGUACCGUACCCGAGUGUGCCUCCAACUCUUUUUCCAUUUAUCCAUAAAACGUAACAUUUUCUUUCUUGCUUUUACUUUUACUUUUUGUUUUUCUUUUUUUGUUUGUUUUUUAAAUACUGAUAUUAUUAUUCCUGUGUUUCAUAUAUAUUUAAUGAAUUAACAUUAGUG